UUUGAAAUUGUGCUAUCGUUUAGUUCAUUUCUUCUUAAUUGGCUUUUGACUGUGCCGGGAAAACACAUAACAUUGGCUUUACAUUGGGAAGUCAAAGCUAUUUGGUCGUGUGAUAUCUUAGCUUCAUGGAGAAACUCUAUCAGCUUGCAUUUAGCUAAAAUGAAGAAGGCGAAGGACCAACAAAACACACUGGACAUAAAACCGAAUAUCACCUCUCAUGAUUCUCAAACUGAACAGCCGAAUAAUGCCACAGAUACUCCUAUACCAGACUCAGGUUCGGUUUCAGCUUCGAGCAACGGCAACAGAAAAGUGUCCCGUGAGGAUAUUGAACUUGUUCAGAAUUUGAUAGAACGGUGUUUACAGUUGUAUAUGAAUAAAGAUGAGGUGGUGAAGACCCUACUAACUCGUGCCAGAAUUGAUCCUGGAUUCACAACCUUAGUGUGGCAGAAAUUAGAGGAAGAAAAUGCCGACUUCUUCCGGGCCUACUACAUAAGGCUGAAAUUGAAGAGACAAAUUAUCUUAUUCAACCACUUGCUGGAGCAUCAAUUUCAUCUAAUGAAAUCUCCCGUGCCUCCAAAGGUUCCUCUAGCUCCCAUGCCGAAUGGAAUUCACCCAAUGCCUGUCAACAACUUUCCAAUUGGAUACCCCGUUAUGCCACAUCAUCCGAUGCCUGGUGCUGGACAUCCUCACAUGGAUCCAAUGGGCUAUUCCACUUCCAGCUGUCAUAUUGUGAAUGGAGUACCUGCUCCUGGAAAUUUUCCUCCAAUACGGAUUAAUUCUGGAAAUGAGAUGGUGAUUGAAAAUACUCGGGCAGAUGUAUCGCCCAUUAUGCCCCGAAACAAUGCAAUGUCGUCCAUGUCUGAUAUUCCUGUGAGCCCCACAUCAGUGGCAUCAAGUGGACAUUUUCCAUUUAGUGCAUCAGAGAUAUCUGGCAUAGGAGUCGACAACUCAGCACUUGACACUGCUUUUACGUCUGAUGUGGCGAGUUCGGUAGGCCUGCAACUCCCACCUGAUAAUGGGGCCGGAAAUUCUCGAGAUUCCCUCAGAUCUUUGGCUCAGAUACCAUGGAAUUUUAGCCUUUCGGACUUAACAGCCGAUUUAUCCAAUUUGGGAGAUUUAGGAGCUCUUGGUAACUAUCCCGGUUCUCCAUUUUUACCUUCUGAUUCAGAUAUUCUACUUCAUUCUCCGGAACAAGAGGAUAUAGUGGAGGAGUUCUUUGUUGACUCUGAUUCUGUUCCCGAUCAAUGCCCACCGUCGGAUGAAGAAAAAUCCUAGCCUUAAAGGUCAGACAAUCUUAUCCAGAUCAAGUUUGUCGAAUUUUGGGUUGAGGUUGAUGGACCAUAAUAAUGAUGUCUAAAGAAGCAAAAACAGAGAAAGAAUAUUAUUUUUCGGUACAAUGAAAGAGGCCGAUGGCCUAUGCUAAAACUCUGUUCUCUGUUGGUUAGAACAGAGAAAGAAUAUUAGCUUUCUCUAUAUUAAGCAUGUGGUGAGGGCUUAGUUAACAAUAGAGCUUUAGAGUUUCGGAUAGCAUAGCCAGCUCUCCACCUAUUGUAGAAGAAGGUAUUAUUAGUUUUCAAGUUUUACAAGUCACCAUAAUCUGUGUAAUAAUGGAUAUUCCAACACAUGAUAACAUCUUUGAAAACCAAGAUCUUAUCAUGCUAUGUUGUACUUUUCUCGACAAGAAUAAUACAAUUGUAUUUGGGAUUUUGAGGUGAUAUUGUGUUACGGAUGUUGAUGCGGUCCAAUGUUGGACUCGUGUAAUAUAGACUGUGUAGAUGCAUUUUGAAUGUAUGGAUGAAUUUCAUUUUUCGUUUGUCUACUUCCUUUUUUUUAAUUUGUUUUUAUGUUAUGUGAGAAUAUGAUUCUAGUCUGCACCAUCAUGUUAAGUGCAAAAUUUUGGGGCUCUUUCAUUA